UGAUUUCCCCCCUUUGAAUUCAUCUUCUUCUUUUCUAGUAUUACAAAACCGUGAAUUUCUCCUACACUCCAUUUUUCCUUUCCUUUCUUCCCUUUUCGCCGAAAUUUCAUUCAAUCCAGUCCAGUACAAUUCAAUCCAAUCCAAUCCAGUACAAACUCGAUAUUCAAUUCCUCCAUUCACAACCAUGAAAUUGAAUAACACAAAACAAAAUCAAUACUUUGCUACUUUGUUCUUCCAUAAUCUAAGCAUGUUUCUAUAGUACAACUCUUUCUAAGUUUUCCCCUGUUUUUUUCCUCUCUUUUUCAUUCUUUUACCACAAUUUUUCCAUGAUUCCAUAUUAUAUUAUGGAAUUUUCCAUUGGAUUUUCCUUUCUAGGAUAAAUUAUUAACCAAUCGUGGCAUGCCACAAAUCAUACCAUUUAAAAGCCAUGCAUCUCAAUCAGUUCAUGAAGUUCUUAAAAUCAAUCCAAACUUACAGAAGAAAAAUCCCAUUAUCCUCCUCUAAUCACUAAUCACUAAUAUUUUCUUACAAAAAUAAAUUUUUUUCCUAGAAAGAAAUCUUCAAAAAUGGAAAACUCAUCAUGUUUCCCUACAUCAAUCAGCUGUUUAAACCUCUGGAGAAGAAGAAGAAAAUCACUAGCAAUUCGAUCCAUGGCGAAAGCACCAAGAAGAAACUGGGAUUUGGACACAGAAAGCACAGAAAGAAGGCGAUUCGACAGCUUGGAAUCGUGGUCAAUGAUACUGGAUUCAGAGAAUGUUGAAGCAUUAGAAACAUCAAAUCAAGGUGAUAAAGAAGAAUGGACAGCUGAUCUUUCACAACUGUUUAUAGGAAAUAAGUUUGCAUCAGGAGCUCAUAGUAGGAUUUAUAGAGGGAUUUAUAAACAAAGAGCUGUUGCUGUUAAAAUGGUUAGAAUUCCAACACAUAAAGAUGAAGCAAGAACUAAGCUUGAACAACAGUUUACUUCUGAAGUUGCCUUGCUUUCUGGCCUUUAUCACCCCAAUAUUGUCCAGUUUAUUGCAGCCUGCAAGAAACCACCAGUAUACUGCAUAAUAACAGAAUACAUGUCACAAGGAACACUGAGAAUGUACCUAAACAAAAAGGAACCUUACUCCCUCUCAACAGAAACAAUACUACGUUUAGCCCUCGACAUUUCUCGAGGAAUGGAGUACCUUCAUUCACAAGGUGUUAUCCACAGAGACUUGAAGUCUAACAACCUGUUACUCAACGACGAAAUGAGGGUGAAAGUUGCUGAUUUUGGUACGUCGUGUUUGGAAACACAAUGUCAAGAAACAAAAGGAAAUAUGGGAACUUAUCGUUGGAUGGCUCCGGAAAUGAUUAAGGAGAAACCUUAUGCAAGGAAGGUUGAUGUGUAUAGUUUUGGUAUUGUUCUUUGGGAACUUACUACUGCUUUGCUUCCCUUUCAGGGUAUGACCCCUGUUCAAGCUGCCUUUGCUGUUGCUGAGAAGAAUGCUCGGCCACCCUUACCAGCAAGUUGUCAACCAGCAUUAGCACAUCUAAUAAAGAGAUGUUGGGCAGCAAACCCAAACAAAAGGCCAGAUUUUAGUUACAUUGUUUCUGCUCUUGAAGAAUAUGAUGAAUGUGUCAAGGAAGGACUCCCACUUAUAUCGCGCCGCCGAUUGGUUAGCCGUAAUGCGGAUGCAUUAGCUCAUCGAUUAAAAGCCUGCAUUUCCUUCAAUUCUCCCUCUUCUUCUUCUAUACCUGUAAAUGCAUCAUGACCUUCAACAACACUAUCAACUUAAAGAGUAAAAAAAGGGGGGGUAAAUGUGUCAAUUCAUGUAUAUCUUGAUAAUGUUCAUUAUUUUUAAUUUGAAAUUACUUUAAUUAGUUUAUGAUCAAUUUGCCUAAUUAAUUUUAGUUGAGAUUGUUUACUCAUGCCAAUCUAUAGAAGUUGAUUAUGUGUACAUGUAUACCUAUUUGCAUCUUCAAUUUAUUGCUUAAGGGUAUUCCCUGA